CUAAAAAUAAUGUACCAUUAAAUAAAUUUCCAAUUGUUAUUCAACUUGGUCAAGCACUAGAAUUCGCAAAAAUUAUUUCCAAUACCAAUUCAAUUACUUAUGAAAAUUCUGUAUCUGGUCGAGAUCUUUUAUCUGCUAUAGCUUUAUCAAUUGAAGAAAAGAUUUGUAAAAGACAAGAAACAUUACGACAAUAUCAAACUAUUUUAGAUCAUCCUGUUCUAAAAAUCAGACAAAUUCAUGAAAUAAGAUGGUUAUCAUGGUAUGAAGCA